AUGGGUCUCUCAAUAUCAAAGCUUCUUUCUGGCCUCUUCGGCAAGAAGGAAAUGCGUAUUUUGAUGGUUGGAUUGGAUGCUGCUGGUAAAACUACCAUCCUUUAUAAGUUGAAGUUGGGAGAGAUUGUCACCACCAUCCCGACCAUUGGUUUCAACGUCGAGACUGUCGAAUAUAAGAACAUUUCAUUCACCGUGUGGGAUGUCGGUGGUCAGGACAAGAUCCGUCCUCUCUGGCGCCAUUACUUCCAGAAUACCCAGGGUAUUAUUUUCGUUGUCGAUUCCAACGACAGAGAGCGUGUCACCGAGGCCCGUGAGGAGCUGCAGAGAAUGCUGAACGAGGAUGAGCUCCGGGAGGCUUUGCUCUUGGUCUUUGCCAACAAACAGGAUUUGCCUAAUGCGAUGAACGCUGCCGAGAUUACCGACAAGCUUGGUCUGCACAGUCUGAGGCAGAGGGAAUGGUACAUCCAAUCCACCUGUGCCACUUCCGGAGACGGUCUCUACGAAGGAUUGGAGUGGCUCAGCACCAAGUUGAGGGGACCUCGCUAG